ACGGCGAUCCUGCCUUUGCAAUAAUAAUAUUUGCGCUUCAUAAGUGCACACGGUGGCAGGUGGACUCGAGCGCCGCCUUUGGAGCGGAAUCCCGAGCGCCUCUCUCGUUCCUCGGGAGUAAAUGUCACUUAGUCCCAUCGCAGCUGCUGGGAUCCGAUGCACCGCUUACCAGGGAGUAAGCCCCGUUGCAACACAGCAGGGUUUGCGCCUGAGUAAACCUGCACUGUGAGUCUGCUUCGACUCGCAGCUUCAGGCAAAUCGCCCACGCCCUUAGCGCUAUUGUUUUUCUCUAUCCGGCCCUCCUGUUAGUUUUUUUACACAUUAUGUUUUUGUAAAAAAAGAAAGUCUAGUGAUUUGCUGAGUCAUAAGGAGCUUGCUGUUUUCCCCAGCACUUCAGCAAGCAGCGUUUUCUGCCGGGUUUGUCCAUCUCAGAUCGGGGAGAAGGUAGGGGAGCCGAUAGUGGAGAAGAAGAAAGGGAACAGCUGCGGGACCAUGAUAAAGGUGGUGUGAGGUUUCUUUUUAGGACUCUUGGUGCAGUUUCCCCAAGGAUGGCUGCAACUGCAAGGAAAGUUGUCAAAACCGUGCUGAGCAGGGAACAGGCGGAAGGAGUUGGCGCUCGGGUUCGCAGAAGCAUCGGGAGGCCUGAGUUGAAAAAUCUGGAUCCGUUUCUGCUGCUUGACGAAUUCAAAGGAGGAAAACCGGCUGGAUUUCCUGAUCAUCCUCACCGAGGUUUUGAAACUGUAACAUACUUACUGGCAGGCGGCUCCAUGGCCCAUGAAGACUUCUGUGGCCACGCAGGUAGACUGAAUCCAGGAGAUCUGCAGUGGAUGACAGCCGGCCGUGGCAUUCUCCAUGCGGAGAUGCCUUGCACUGAGGAGCCAGCCCAUGGCCUGCAGCUUUGGGUCAACCUGAGAAGCUCUGAGAAAAUGAUUGAACCCCAAUACCAAGAACUCAAAAAGGAAGAAGUCCCCAAGCCUUCACAGAACGGUGUGAGUGUGUCUGUCAUUUCAGGAGAGGCGCUGGGCGUAAAGUCUAAGGUGUAUACCCGCACUCCGACGCUGUAUCUGGAUUUCAAGCUAGACAAAGGAGCGAAACACACCCAGGCUGUUCCCAAAGGUUGGACAGCGUUUAUUUACACGCUCUUUGGUAAUGUAUAUGUUGGUCCUUCUGAUGCUCAACAAAAAAUAGAACCGCACCACACUGCUGUGCUGGACGAUGGAGACUGUAUUCAGUUUGAAAACAAGGAUCCUGAAAUGAGCCAUUUUGUCUUGGUGGCUGGGGAGCCUAUUAAGGAACCAGUAGUGCAACAUGGUCCAUUUGUGAUGAAUACACAGGAAGAAAUUCAACAAGCCUUUGAUGACUUCAGAAAUGCAAGAAAUGGAUUUGAGAGGGCCACCACUUGGAAAUCAAAGAUUGGAAACAAAUGACGUGGGGUAGCAGAACCCAGGCUGGCUGGCUUUUAAAAAAAUAUAUUUGCAGCUGUACACCUUGAUCUUUACUGCAUUUACUGAUUCCAUUUGCUAUUCCAUUUGCUACAUUAGUACUGAUCAUGUGGGCUUGCCAGAUUGAGCCCAAAUAAUAUUUCUAGUAUGCCUAGAGCCAAAGUUAGCUAUUAGAGUGUCGUAGAUGGGUACAGCUGCAUUUUUAUUACUCUGAGAUAUACAUGAUAUAUAAAC